AUAUUUUUUUGGCACAAGCGCUCGCACCGCAAAUAACAAGAGGGAAAAAUAUCGAACACGUGGCGGGCAACUGUAAGUAGCAGAGAAUCGAGAAUGGCUAUACCAAUGAAUGCCCCUGCCCUCUUCUCCUCCAAUGCAACGGUCUAACUGGAGUCUUGAGUAGUGUGCGAAGCAGUGAGGAUUCCAUUUCAAUAUCCCCCAUGGCUAUCGACGCAUGGUUCAUGGACGAAAGCAGCGAAGACCAAAGGCUCCCACAUCACCGCAACCCACAAGAGUUCGUUUCCCUGGAUCACUUGGCUGAAUUGGGAGUGCUAUACUGGCACCUGAAUCCAGAGGACUAUGAGAACGAUGAAGAAUUGAAGAUGAUCAGGGACGCCAGGGGAUAUAAUUACAUGGACUUGCUUGAUUUAUGCCCAGAGAAAGUUGCUAACUAUGAAGAGAAGCUCAAGAACUUCUAUACAGAGCACAUACAUGCUGAUGAGGAGAUACGUUACUGCUUACAGGGGAGUGGAUAUUUUGAUGUUCGAGAUAAGGAAGAUCGUUGGAUUCGAAUUUGGAUCAAGGCAGGUGAUCUCAUUGUUCUGCCAGCAGGAAUCUACCACCGUUUCACUCUUGACACUAGUAACUACAUUAAGUUGAUGAGGUUAUUUGUGGGAGAGCCAGUUUGGACACCGUUUAACCGCCCACAGGAAGAUCAUCCUGCAAGGAAGGACUACGUAAAGAGUUUGAAUGAGAAGGUUGGAGUAGCAGUUGAAGCUCAUUAAAGGUUAAUGGUACCUGCCAAUGAAUUGUGAUGUAACAUCUGUAUGGCUAUUUGGUUUUACAGUACUCUUAUGCAUAGUGCUUUCAGCUGGGAGGCCAAUAAAAAACAAUGUAAAACUAAUUUAAAGCGUAUGUAUAUCUAAAUAAUGUGUCAUUCUAAAGCAUAUGGGUAGUAUUUCAUAUUGUGCU